AUGGAAUCCGUGCUCAAAAACGAUAUUCUUGAAGGGAACAAAACAAUCCUGCAUCUCGCAAGACUUCUUUACAUGCCAUACAAGUCCAAGAUAGUGGCGCAGAUAAUAUUCCACCAUGCAUAUCCAAAGCUUUUCAAGAAGGAGAGCUACAACAUAGUUGCUCUCGUCUGUGUUUACCUGGCAUCGAAGAUCAACGAGACACUGAUAAAGAUGGAGACAAUACUCGAUGCAAUCCCAAGAGCCACAAGCAUGGGCACGACCCCCCACAGAGAGCGGCUUAUAGCCAUCGAGUGCAAGGUGAUUGAGCUGAUCGAGUUCCAGUUCAACAUCAGGCCCGCGCAGCUCUUCCUUCUGAGAAUCGGAAAAACGUUGAAUACGGAUGUCCUGAGGAAGCUUGCGGUUCUCGACGAAAUCCAUGGCGAUGGAAGGGUGAAUCUGAUUAAGUACUUCAACGGGGUGUAUGAGCCAGAGAUGGUUGCCCUGAGUGUUUUGGACGAUGACGAGCUCAUUCUCUUUGAGUGCUUCUUCGGGGUGGCCGUGAGCAGGGUGCUGGUUGAGGAAAUAAGAUCGGUGUUACUAAAGAAAUGA